CGUCCUCCGGCCCGGGCGCCGCGAGUCCCCCGGGAGCCAGCACCGCAGGCCCCCCGCGCCGCCAGGCCCGCCCGCCGCUCCCCUCACAGGCCGCCGCCGCCGCCGCCGCCGCCGCCGCCGCCGCGGCCAUGGCGGAAGUUCAUAGACGUCAGCAUGCCCGGGUUAAAGGAGAAGCCCCCGCGAAAUCCUCCACACACAGACAUGAGGAGGAGCUGGGGAUGGCGUCGGCCGAAACGCUGACGGUGUUCCUGAAGCUGCUGGCCGCCGGCUUUUACGGCGUGAGCUCCUUCCUGAUCGUGGUGGUCAACAAGAGCGUGCUCACCAAUUACAGAUUUCCCUCCUCACUAUGUGUUGGACUUGGCCAGAUGGUGGCCACAGUGGCAGUUCUCUGGGUGGGAAAGGCACUCAGAGUAGUCAAGUUUCCUGACCUUGACAGAAAUGUACCUCGAAAGACGUUUCCACUACCUCUACUAUAUUUUGGGAACCAAAUCACGGGACUGUUCAGCACAAAGAAACUGAACUUGCCAAUGUUUACAGUUCUGAGAAGGUUCUCCAUCCUGUUUACAAUGUUUGCUGAAGGAGUUUUACUCAAGAAGACUUUUUCUUGGGGUAUUAAGAUGACUGUAUUUGCAAUGAUUAUUGGAGCCUUUGUAGCUGCCAGCUCUGAUUUGGCAUUUGAUCUGGAAGGAUAUGUUUUCAUUCUGAUAAAUGAUGUCCUGACAGCAGCAAAUGGUGCAUAUGUAAAACAGAAACUAGAUUCAAAAGAGCUGGGAAAAUAUGGUCUGCUCUAUUACAAUGCACUGUUCAUGAUUCUGCCCACUCUGGCCAUUGCCUAUUUUACAGGAGAUGCGCAAAAGGCAAUGGAUUUUGAAGGCUGGGCGGACACCCUCUUUCUUCUGCAGUUCACCCUUUCUUGUGUGAUGGGGUUUAUUUUGAUGUAUGCCACAGUACUCUGCACACAGUAUAAUUCUGCUCUUACAACUACAAUAGUUGGCUGUAUUAAAAAUAUAUUAAUAACUUAUAUUGGAAUGGUCUUUGGUGGAGAUUAUAUUUUCACAUGGACAAACUUCAUUGGCUUAAAUAUCAGCAUUGCCGGGAGCCUGGUGUAUUCCUACAUCACUUUCUCUGAAGAGCAGCUGAGCAAACAGUCAGAGGCCAGUAACAAGCUGGACAUUAAGGGAAAAGGAGCAGUAUGACCAGAGAAUUGCUUCGACUACAUAGGCCCAAGUUUUUGAUCAACCGAGAACACUGGCAAUUCUUACACAGACACUGAGGUGUCUUGAGUAUGGAGAAAAUACCAUUCCUUUGCACUUGUACAAUCUAAGGAUUGAUUGCUGCCUUUUAAAAUUUUAUGAGAGAAACUUAUAAUUGUCUCUAUUUUAAAUAUGCCAUUGGAAUUAAUUUAUAUCAAACUGGAAAAUGUACUGGGCUUUUUAAUUUAUUUCUUUUAUGCUGACACUGAAACAUCGGUGUUUUGAAGAUAUUUUAUUCCAUAGUUUGAUAUCCAGGUGUCCUUUAGAGCUGCAUAUAUACAAUGCUUCGACUAGGGCCUCCUCAUUCAAACAUUGCUGCAUAGAGAGGCAGUUUAGCUUUCCUUCUCCUGGAAAUGCAGCCAAGUAUCUUAAAUUUCUCCUUUUUGAAUUUUUCUUACCAUUAGCAUUUUCUUCAUCAUGGUAUCAUCACUGCAUUUGCUAAAGAUGACAACUUUGGCACUAAAAAAUACGUGGGCUUUGAAGUUGUAUUGAUUUCUAUGUUGGCUUCCCUGAGAAAUCAUGGGAUGGGUACAGUGCAUUCUUUGAAAUUAUGCUAUUCCCUCUUUGUUGUGUAGGAUGGGGAUAAUGAAGGGAUGGAGGAAAUAGGCCUUUUACUCAUUUAUUCAUCUAUGUGAUUCAUUCAUUCAACUAAAAUGUACUGGGUAUGUAAUAUGUACCUGGCAUUAUGCUAAGUGCUGAGGGUACAGAGAUGCUUUUGGAAGUAGUUGAAUGAUCUCACCCCUGCUAUUGUGACUGAGAGUCAAGAGAGAAAACUUAACUUUAUGAUCCAUUCAGAAGAUGCUGUGACUCUGAACAAGUCACAGAAGCUUUUUUUAGCUCUUAGAAACAAACUGUGAGUCUGUAAAUGGGUUUAGAAGUACCUGCCCCUACCUACCCCACAAUGGUGAAACCAGGUGCUACGAUAUGGGAGGACAUGCAUGUGAAGAGCUGCAUUCUGUUUAUUUAAAAUUUUUUUUGUUUUCCUUUUUUAAGUAAACUAUACCCAAUGUGAGGCUUGAAUGCAUACCCCAAGAUCAAGAGUUGCAUGAAAACUGCAUUUUAUAAAACAUGCAGCUCAGCCCUUCUUCUCUAAGUGAAAAUGACAGGCAAGCAAGGUGGCCACCAUCUCUUUCCUGUGCUUCCUUUUCCUGUUGCUUUCUUUUUACUCCUCUGAAUUAAUACAACUAAGUCUUCCAAUCCUGAAUGUAUUGCUUGGGGCGGGGCGGGGGGGGGGGAGACUUUUUAGAUGUGUCUGUAUUGUCAAGGCUUGGUCUUUGUCUGGCAGUGUCAGUGUUAGAGCCAUAUCAUCCUUUUUCAUAAUUGGCAUGAGCAUACCUGUCUCCUCCGGAUACUCUCACCUACUUUCUGUGUUCCUUGGGCAUGGCAGCUUCUCUUUUGCUGCAUCCUGCGAGAGCAGCUGUGAAUGGGCAUUGUCUACAUUGCCUCUUUGGGCAGGAAGGGGCUUCACUCAUCACAGCCCAGUGAUUUGGCACAGAGAUAUCCAUGAACUUUGAGUAUGAGUUUGCACAGGCCAGCUGUGCAGUCAGUGUAGAAGAGGCUGGGUACUUUUGCACUGGUACACACUAACUUCUACUUACUGGGGUUGGGAUCCACCACAGGGCUCUAUUGCUCCAAACAAUAUUUUGGUGGCUUAACAGGAAGCCUGGAAGAUUUUGAUUUCUUUUUGUUUUCAAAAAAUUAUAUUGAGGUCAUUUUCAUAUUCGUGUGUUUCCUUUAUUUGCGUUUGUCUUUACUAAAGCCUGGCCAGUGGUAUUGGGUCCCUAGAAUUAGCCUCAAGGCCAGCUUCCAAGCCCAAAGCUCCCAAGGCUCCCUUUUUUCAGGGUCCUCUGACCUGAGAAAAUUCCAGAGGGGGGAGUAGGAUAUUAUCUUAUGUAAGAUGAUUUUUCUUAUCUCUUUUACCAAUGGGAAAACAAGACUCAGAGGAAGUCAGUGGCUUGCUAAGAAGUAAAAAUUCAUGUUUUUUCUGUUGAACUAUGCUGCCACUGAUUAACUGCCCCUUUUCUCUGAGAAAGUGAGGAAAUGGGGACACUGGCUGAUUUAGCUUGAGCUCUGUCAAGGAGGCAAGUACUUGGUUGAAUUUGGAGUAAAAGAGGAAUAAAUAGGCUUUGCAGAUUAGGAGAUAGGAGAGCUUCUGUCUAGAUUCCAGGCUGGCCUCAGCUGAUUCUGGCUGUGAAUGUUGCUUGCCACUGCCAAAACCUGUGAUCCGGGUUUUGCCUGGAUGAGGUGGAAAGGCAUCAUGAGAGUUACUGUUAGUGGUUUUGUUCCUUCUUUUGUCAAGCCACAUGGAAGGAAGUUUGACUUUAGAAAUAAUUUGUGUUGUAGAAUUUCUCAUCAUGAAAGGCCUUUGGAUGUGUCUAGAGCUGUUGGGCUAGAACCCCAGGAGGGAUUGAACUGUUUCUCCAGGUUCAGGUUCCUUGAAGAUCUAUCUGUCCUCUCUCUAGGUUUGAGAAAACCACGUGUAAUUACAGCCUCGCUAAAUGCACAUGACCUUAGGGCCCACCACCUGUCCUCGACUUUCUGACUGGCAAGUUGCAACUUCUGCCCGCCCCGUCUGUGUUCUGAUUGCUAGUUGCCCCCUUUGACUACCACCACGUCAAGAUAAGGGAAAGAGGCCUGGGGAAGCCAGAGACUGAGUAGACUGGCCAGUCAAUUUUGGAGUUUUUCAGUUAGUCUUGGUUAUAGUGGAGGUUUACCUGGUACUCUGACCUCACCCAGAAUGUCAGGAUUUUGCCCCAAGGUUGAUAACUUACAAGGCAAAAAUGCUGUGACCUACUACCUCCCUCCUGGGAGAAGGAGAGGCAGCUUCACAGUUAAAUCCUUAGUUUGCCCUUUGAGACAGAUGAGCUGUGGUGAGAAUUUUGAAAACCAGAUUCUGACUAGUGGCUCCUCUUCUUGAGUUAAUGACCUCAAAGCCCUCUUUGGCCAUUCUGCUUUUUUUCCAUGCCAGAUUGAUUCAUAUAACCCUGACUGACCACACUGCACAUUGCCGAUGUGUCCAGUGAUUUUUAAUUGCUUCAUAUGGCUGUUGACUUUAUAAGUCUCUCAUUUGUAGGACCCAGCAUGUAGGUCUAAAAAAAACCGUGCAUCUGCAACUUUUCUGUAGUCCUGUUGCAUCAACAAUUCAUGGAAAGUUCAGGUCAAUUACGCUGAGGUUCUUCACAGAAAGACUAUCAGAGUUUCAUAUUUGACUGGUUUGGAGUAGUGCCCAGGAUUUUGGACCUGCUUUCAUUAUUAUGGUCUUAUCAGUGAACAGAGAUUUAUUGAGCAUCUUUUUUAUGCUAAGCUCUGGGGAAACCACCAUGAAUAGUUCUUGCUCUCAAGGAAUGUGUGAUUCUUUAGCCAGACCCAUAAGACCUAUAUCAAGAGAAGGGAGAUGAAAGGAGUCAGUGAUCUGAAAGUAAGAGCUGUCAGCAGUUACCACGGAUUAGGGAUGCGCCACCCACUGUAGAGCUGAAGCACUUUUUUUCUAAUCUAAAAGGACUUUUAUAACUCCUGCUAUUCUUCUAACUCUAAGGGAAGUGCAGGGCUGUUAAGAGUUCUGUGAGUAGCCUGAGUUCCCCCUCCCUGUAUUUCACAUAUGCUUUUCUUCUCUAUAACUACAUAAUACAGGAGUCACCCCACAGCCUCAGUUUUCCUUUCCUUGGUUUCAGUUGUCUGUAGUCAACCAAGGUCUGGAAGCAGAUGAUCCUCCUUCUGACAUAUCAUCAGGAGGUCAGUAGUAGCUUAAUGCUAUGUCACAAUGCCUGUGUCAUUCGCCUUGUUUCAUCUCAUCACAUAGACAUUUUAUCACCUUACAUCAUCACAGGGGUGAGUACAGUCCAAUAAGAUACUUGGAGAGAGACCACCUUCAUGUGGCUUUUAUUACAGAAUAUUAUAAUUUUUCUAUUUUAUUGAUAGUUGUUAAUCUCUUACUAUGCCUAAUUUAUAAAUUGAGCUUUAUCAUAUUUAUGUAUAGGAAAAAGCACGUAUAGGGUUUGGUACUGUCUAUGGCUUCAGGCAUCCACUAGGGGUCUUGGAACCAAUCCCCUGCAGAUGAAGGGGGGGGGGAGGGGACUUCUGUUAUCAGUUCCUCCUUAUGAAGGAAGCUGUAAUUGAUUUUUCCCUCCUUGAGGGCAAAACAGUAAUUUUCACAAUAAAUGAGAUAAUGGAUGUGAAACUACUCAGCACAAUGCCUAGUACAUAUUAGGCACCCAGCAAAUGUUAUUACUGUCAUUUCAUGGUGAGACUGUAGGCAAACUAGAUUCUUAAUCUGUGUUCCUUAAAUACUAGAGGCUGGGCAGUGGGUGUAUUUCUUGAAAAAUGUGACUCUGUACUUUGUUGCCUCUGGAAUGCUUAAAUAAUAGUUGUCUUUAAAAAAAAAAAAAACCUGCUGGAUAUAAUUGUGCCCGUUAUGUGAUAUGGGUGAUUCCACCUGUUUUUAAAAAAGAAUGAAGUCACUUACAUUUUGGUGGUGAAUUUCAAAAAAGAAAAAAGUACUUUCUAUAUUCACCUCAGAAUGGUGACAGAGUUACACUUUCCCGGUUUGUCUUCUUAAGGUGUGAAGCCCUCUCCAGGCUCUAUAAGCCAGACAUUCCUUCUUCCCUCUUCCAAGUUAAACGCGUUCGCUUGGUGCUGCCUCUUGAGUCCACGCCUCUCUGCCUCCCUCGGGAGUGGGUGUUUGGGAGCCUCGGGCACCAUCACUGUGUUCUGAACCUGUCUCCUAGGUCUUAUGUGAGGGUGCCACUUCAUGAUGGUAAGAAAAGACAUUCACUGGAGGGUUUUUUUAAGCUUUCUUUUUUGAAUUACUUUUUAAAAAGAAAUCUACUGGUUAGAUUUAUUGUCUCACAAAAAAUGUUUUUAGAGAUUAUUUUGUUCAUAAAUAUUUCUUUCUCAUGCUGAUGAUCAACUGAUUUUUGUCUACAAAUGUUGGCCUAUCACAGUAUUUUUUCAAUACAGAUCCUAUUUACCAAAUGACCAUUUUAGUGUUUUUAAACCAUACUAAGGAUUGAAAUAUGUAAAUCAGGUGACAUAAACAUGAAAAUUAUGUGCCUAAAUAUUUUUGUAAAGAUGUCAAAUAAAUACUUUUUUCCUGAACA